CUGCCUCUUCAACAUGUUGAUGUUUAUUUCCGGUUCAGUGAUUUCUGCUCCCCCACAUUCAGUCAGAGUGAGACCUCUGCUCCUCCUCUUCCUCUCUGUGGUCUGGACCAACCGCUGCGCCUCUCCACGGUGACGCCGUGACGUCAUCGGUCGGCAGGCGGAAGAGCGGUGUGUUUGUGUUUGUGGGAUAAAAUCACACCGGCCGCGGAGCGUCUUCUCCAGCGGAUCGUUCCCGGGGCCGUGGACACAGCCUCAGCUCGGUGCCUGCACUAAUGGCGGUUCCUGGGGGGGAGGCGGGUGUUCACAUGGACGGAGCGGAGCCGAGCGGACAGACGGUUUCCUCUCACAGCAACAUAGACAUCGACGAGGAAGAGUUGGAGAAAAUCACAAAGAAACACCGAGAGGACGCGACGCUGCCGCUGCACUCACCCUGGACCUUCUGGCUGGACAGGUCAUUGCCGGGCACGACGGCUGCAGAAUGUGAAUCCAACCUGAAGAAGAUCUACACAGUACAAACUGUUCAGAUGUUCUGGAGUGUAUACAACAACAUCCCUUCGGUCACAGCCCUGCCUUUGAGAUGUAGCUAUCACUUAAUGCGCGGCGAACGGAGGCCACUGUGGGAAGAAGAAAGCAAUGCAAAAGGAGGAGUAUGGAAGAUGAAAAUACCAAAAGAAAGCACUUCGGCAGUUUGGAAAGAACUGCUACUUGCAACUAUUGGGGAGCAGUUUGCAGAUUACUGUGCCUCAGAUGAUGAGGUUGUUGGUGUCAGUGUCAGUGUGCGAGAUCGGGAAGAUGUCGUACAAGUCUGGAAUAAAGAUGCGUGUCUUGCAAACGAAGCAAAUAUCUUGGGAAAAGUCCACGAACUCCUCCCGAACACAUCUUUUAAAGCUGUCUUUUAUAAGUCUCACAUGGAACAUCAUGCCUUUGAGGGAGGACGCUCAAGACGUUAGUGUGUCGCACUUUUUAUUGUUUUUAAGCCUGAACUCUGUAACACUCAUAAAGGCUCUGCCCACGACCUAAUCUAGGAUAUUAUUUUGCAUUCAACAAGCAAAUGUGAUCAAUAUAUUUUUAUAACUUUUAACGACUGAUGCCUUGUUUAAUUUUCAUGUGGGUCCUGAAGCUCUGAGCUCUUCAGUCAAUGUGUAAAUCUCCCCCAGAGGUCAUUAGUUCGUGUUGGUUUUGACUCCCUCCUAUACUGACCUGCACUGCCAUGGUCCUGCUCUCUGCACAGGCUAUGGACCUCACAACUAGGAUCUGUUAUAGAGGUAGCAGCUACAUACCCUGGUAUGUUUUUAACUGUUCGGUAUAUCUCAUCGUAUUCAGUGCCAAAGCAUUUUUUAGUGUCCCCAGCUGGAGUGUUCCACUUCUGAGGAUUGCGUGAUUGUCCCAUACAGUUUUGUGAAUCUUCAACAAUUACGUCAAAUUUAAAUCAGGGUAAGAAUGAAUGCGAACGACUACCUAUCCCAAUCACAGUGUCCCUCAGUUACAAAGUCGUCACUUGGAAUCAGAACAUUUUCCAGCACAGAUAUGGCCCUGAGAAACUUAACUCUGCUUUCUUAAGAAUUUUAUUUCACAGCUUUAGUUAAAGGGCAGAAUCCAUCGUGAAAGGUGCCUCUUUGAAUGUUCCCAGCCACAUCACGUCUGACAUUUCUCUGAAUACACGUGUUGAAAGCAGACCCUCUGCUCUCCAUAAUGGAGUCAAGCAUCGUUUGAUGUAUUACUCUCAAGAGAUACACAUUUUUGCACAUUUCGUUUUUUGCUCAAAUGGUGCAUCUUUUAGUACUUGUUGACACUUGUUUUCAAAUCAAGUGUGCUUUUUAGUCUAUUUUCUUGCAUCCGUAGAUCACAGAGGAAAAGCAGCAUUAUUAUGUUUGUAAAGGAAGCGGCACUGAUUCAUGAUAUUCCCUUAUAUUAGACUAUAUGUCGAUGUAAUAUGUUAAAUUUUGUCAGAAAAAGAGUUUUGGCAAUGGUCAUUAAGUCAGAGCGGCAUGUUUCUUUAGAGUAAAGUAUGUAACACUGACCUCACAUGAUUGAUCACGUCUUUUCUGAUAAAUAUCAACUUUAACAUAGAAA